CUCUAAACACAAAGAAAAGGUUUGCCAAUGGCAUCAUAUUUCUCCAUCAUCACCAACAUUGUAUCCUUCCUUACGAUCAUUGCGCUUUGCAAUGUCAAUCAAACCCUAGCAAGGCACAAGAACCCUAAUAGUUCAUCAUCUUUGUUUGUCUUUGGUCUAACCCAUUCUAGUUCUUCCCUUCCCAUUCCGAAAUCUUCUAGAUACUUAACAAAGCCAUCCCAACCAUUAGAUAUGAUGGAGUCAUUGAGGGAAGUGACGGAUGGGUAUUUGAUAUCUUUGAACAUUGGAACCCCUCCACAGGUCAUUCAAGUAUACAUGGAUACUGGAAGUGACCUAACUUGGGCUCCUUGUGGCAAUCUAUCCUUUGAUUGUAUUGAUUGCGAUGAUUAUAGGAACAACAAGCUAAUGCUUGUUUUCUCCCCUUCUUAUUCUUCUUCUCUUGUCAGAGAUACCUGUGGCAGCUCCUUUUGCUUUAACAUCCAUAGCUCUGAUAAUCAUUUUGAUCCAUGCACCAUGGCAGGAUGCUCCCUGAGUACCCUACUCAAGAGCACUUGUUUUAGACCAUGCCCUUCUUUUUCUUACAUGUAUGGUGGAGGAGGGGUUGUCACUGGAACACUAGCAAGGGAUACCCUUAAGAUUCAUGGAAUCAGUAACAAUUCUGAAGUUAGGGACAUUGCUAGGUUUUGCUUUGGAUGCAUUAGGACUACUUAUAGAGAACCUAUCGGAAUUGCAGGAUUUGGUAGGGGUGCACUUUCUUUGCCUUACCAAUUAGGGUUUCUUCAAAAGGGUUUUUCUCAUUGUUUCUUAGCCUUCAAGUAUGCAAACAACCCUAAUAUUUCCAGCCCUUUAGUUCUAGGAGAUGUUGCCAUUUCUUCCGAGGACAAUUUGCAAUUCACCCCAAUGUUGAAGAGUCCAAUAUUGUACCCAAAUUACUAUUACAUUGGUCUAGAGGCCAUAACUGUAGGAAAUUAUACUACUGCAAAUGAAGCCCCUUUAAACUUGAAGGAAUUUGAUUCACAAGGCAAUGGCGGAAUGAUCAUUGAUUCAGGAACAACUUACACUCACCUUCCUGACCCUUUCUACUCCCAACUCCUCUCAACACUUGGAUCGAUGAUACCACAUCCUAGAGCCACAGAAUUUGAAAUGAAAACAGGGUUUGAUCUCUGUUACAAGGUUCCUUGUCCAAACAACACAUUUAGGAAUGAUGUUUUCCCUCCAAUCACUUUCCAUUUCCUAAACAAUGUGAGCCUUGUCCUGCCCCAAGAGACCUGCUUCUAUGCCAUGGCUGCUCCAAGCAACUCAACCGGGGUGAAAUGCCUACUUUUCCAGAUCAUGAAUGAUGGCGAUUACGGUCCAGCAGGAGUUUUUGGGAGCUUCCAGCAGCAGAAUGUGGAAGUUGUGUAUGAUUUGGAGAAAGAGAGAAUUGGGUUUCGUCCAAUGGACUGUGCUUCAGCUGCUGCUUCUCAGGGCCUUCACAAGAACUAGCUUUAUUAAUUUUUGUUAGUUAAUGACAUUUCUUCUUGUCAGUGGGGACAUUUUCUAUUCUACCAUGGUUUGAAAAAUAUAGAAGCUCAUUUGCUUCUUUUCUUUUCCUUUGUUGAAGUUAUUUUGUAUUGGACAAAGUCUAGAUUUGGAUAUUCUGUAAGGUUUUUGGAUUUAUAAAGAAAUUGAGGCGGGAUUU